AAAAUCGCCAGAUCCAUCUUUAUUUCAUAAACGAACAACACCGGUCUAACUGGAUCAACCGUUCGGACCGCAAAAACGAAAAACGGCCCAGUUUUGUCUACUUUCAUUUUACAUUCCGUCUAAGCGCGGGAGAGAUUGGCUAUAUGACAGAAGAACAGUCUGAUUUGUUGCAGCAGAAACAUCGGCAUUGGGAGACUGUAUGGCAUUAUAGUGAUGAAGAUUGCAAUGAUGCCAUACAGAAGCAAUGGAGUACUUUGGUGGCUGCUCCAGAUCCUGCUUGUGGGUAGCACUACCUGCCUGGAACCAGUCUCCCUCCUUACAGCUGUAGGAGCAGGCAUUUCCGCCACAUUCUUGGCUGCUUACAAUCCUGUCAAGUGCCGGUUCUUUGCUGAAUGUUGCAUAUAUGCAGAUCGCCACAUAAUGCUGAAUGAGACAGCCCUGAAGCUCUCCUUGGACAAACAUGUAUAUGGUCAGCACCUUUGUAAAUCAGCAGUGAUUAAUCACCUGCGUGCCUACACCCGCACCAACGAACCCAGUAAAGCUCUGGCAAUGUCCUUCCACGGAGGCACUGGCACAGGCAAAAACUUUGUCAGUAAGAUCAUAGCUGAGAGCCUGUACAGGAAAGGCAUGAAAAGUAAAUUUGUCCACCUCAUAUCUGCUACCAAAGAGUUUCCACACAAAGAGAUGGUGCCUCUUUAUAAGGACAAGUUAAAGGAGUUGAUUGAAUCAAGUGUGACUAAAUGUGAGCGAUCAAUGUUCAUAUUUGACGAGGUCGACAAAAUGCCAGUUGGACUUCUAGACAUUGUAAAGCCAUAUCUCGACUUCUAUGAGGAAGUAGGUGGAGUAGACUACAGGAAGAGUAUCUUCAUCUUCCUCAGUAACACAGCUGGUCAAGCUAUACUGACUUUGACACUUGACCACUGGAGGGAGGGUCGGUCAAGAGAAGACCUGACCCUGGUGGACAUGGAGAAAUUGGUUACUAAGGCAGCAGUCAACACUAAAAACAGUGGAUUAUGGCACAGUGAUCUGUUACUUUCCCACAUGAUCUCGGCUCACCUGCCUUUUCUACCGAUGGAGCGUAAACAUGUAAGACAAUGUAUAAAAGACAGUCUUGUUACCAAGAAAUACUACCGUAACCAUGACAAUAUAGAUGACAGAAUUGUGAGGGAAAUUGCAGAUCAAUUACCGUACUUCCCUGAAGAUGAGAAGAUUUUUUCUGUGACGGGCUGUAAGCGAGUGCCAGAGAAGGUGGACUAUGUUAUGGCUGGCUAUGAUGUUGUUUAAAUAAAAAUUGAUUUAGUGCUCCAGAGGAUGUAAGAUGUAACUUUAUAUAGCAGUUCAGUGGGUGUUUGAUAAUUAAGGCUUAAAGUCCUUCAAUGUAUGGAUAUUGUAUGUAAAUUACUAUAAUUGUAUAAUAAAGUUUGAAGAUUCGCA